UCAGGGACAUCCUGUGCCAAUCCUUCCUCAUUCCUCUAAGGUAAGCAGAGGCAGGCAGACCAGUGCUAUAUAAGGUAGGGAUCCUCGAACAACAUCAUUAGCAAAGUACUGGCAGCAGUGUCAAUACAGAAGACUGAAGAGAAAUCCAUUUACGGAAAGAAGACUUGACAAAAACUCAGCGAAACCAUGAUGUCCAAACUCCAGAAAACCAUCAGACCCGUGUUGGCCGUCAGGGGAAUGCAUAAUUCUGCCGUUGAAGUCGUGAACCGUCCGGCUGAUGAGGACACAGUCACAGCCAGUUUCGGGAAGUUCAUCAGUGAGAUUAAGCCCAAGAGUUUGUCUAAUUCACUGCUCCACCGCAGUAAGAGAAUGGUGUUGGACAGCAUUGGAGUUGGCCUGAUUGGAAGCACCACUGAGGUGUUUGAAAUGGCCCUGCAGCACUGCCAGCACAUGUAUGCUCCCGAUGACAUCAGCUCUGUGUAUGGACGCAGGGACACCAGGCUCUCCCCGACACUGGCAGCUUUCGUCAAUGGAGUUGCGACUCACUCCAUGGACUUUGAUGACACAUGGCACCCUGCCACUCAUCCCUCCGGAGCUGUCCUUCCUGCUGUGCUAGCUCUCAGUGACAUGAUGCCAGCCAACAACAAACCCAGUGGCCUUGACUUCUUGCUGGCCUUCAAUGUCGGCAUUGAGAUCCAGGGGCGACUGAUGAGGUUCUCAAAUGAGGCCCACAACAUCCCAAAGAGGUUUCACCCUCCCAGCGUGGUGGGGACUAUGGGAAGUGCCGCUGCCUGUGCUCGGCUCUUGUGCCUGGAUUCAUUCCAGAGCAGUCAUGCCUUGGCUAUAGCUGCUUCUCUCGCAGGAGCGCCAAUGGCUAAUGCUGCCACUCAGUCUAAACCCCUCCACAUAGGCAAUGCUACACGUUUGGGGCUGGAAGCUGCUCUGCUGGCCUCCAGGGGCCUAGAGGCCAGUCCUCUGGUCCUGGAUGCUGUCGCAGGGGUGGCCGGCUUUAAUGCUUUUUAUGAAGACUAUGUGCCGCAGGCUUUAGAAUCACCCAGCGAUGAAGGCCACACGUUCCUGCUAGAGGUGCAGGACAUGGGCUUCAAGCGCUUCCCCGCCCAUCUGGGGAUGCACUGGGUAGUAGAUGCUGCAGCCUCGGUCCAUAAGCUUCUCGUGGGAGCUGGUCCUGGUACCGUCCCCCCUGCUCAAGUGCAGGAAAUCCUGCUCAGAGUGCCCCAGUCUAAAUACAUCAACAGGCCUUUCCCUGAGUCUGAGCACGAGGCACGCCACUCCUUCCAGUUCAAUGCUUGCAGCGCUCUCCUGGAUGGUGAGGUCACCGUUCAGUCCUUCAGCCCUGCUGCCAUGAGCCGCCCCGACCUGCUUGCCCUGCUGAGCCGCGUUCGUGUGGAGCAUCCCAGCGACAACCCAGCUAAUUUCAACAAAAUGUACGGUGAGGUCCAGGUGACACUAGUUGGGGGAGACAUCCUGAACGGGCGCUGUGACACCUUCUACGGUCACUGGCGCAACCCGCUGACCAACGAGAGCCUGAGGAAGAAGUUCAGGAACAACGCAGAGGUGGUGCUCUCCUCUGAGAAGGUGGAGCGGCUGAUUGAAGUGGUGGAGGAGCUGGAAAGACAUGCAGACUGCAGGGCCCUUCUCGCAAACCUUCAAUGAACAUUUACACACAGAGCUAUGUAAAACACAGACCACUUUUUAUUAAAGUGAAACGUAUCUUCAUAUCUGUACAACAUAUUUAUUCCAGGCCCAGAGGCAGAAAUGCACUGCUCACAACCGCUAAGUCCUGUGUUAUGCUCAUUUGUGGGAAAAGUAGCCAUAUUGAUGAAUUGUAACCAUUUUUAAGUGUAAAAACAACUAAAUUAUUGUUUGUAACUGUUAACCGCUUUUGUCUUUUUUUUUAUUUUCCAAAAUGUUUAUUAUAACGACUCAGAUAAAGGUCGAACCAUAGUAUAAGACAAAUCUGUAUAUUCUGCUUCUAUGUCCUGCACUUUGUAUGAAAUUAAUAAAAGAAUAAAUUCUGAUUUAACUCA